AUGCGACUUUGUGCUAACAUUGAAUUCUGUUUUGGGGAACUUAAAACACAUUUCAUUUGUCCAACACAAAUAGAGAUAGGUGUGUACUCAAAAGGGGUCUCGGUGUUGAUGCCAGGAGACCAUAUACCUACAUUCAUCGGCUACCCGGUACCCGCACCAGUACUCUGUGUUUCCAAUAGUCGAAGUUCAAAUCCAAACUCCACCAUUGAAGAAUGUUAAAAGUUGAAUGCAUAAUUCCAUGCUUUUCUGCUUCUGCGGUUGACCCUUCUCAACUGCACAAUCCCUAGCUUAAGUAUAUGUGUAUUCAAGAUUUACCAGAUUUUCAUUUUAUUGAAUUUCAUAUUUCUUAUUACAAGAAAAUGAGUUGAUAAGAAUGUGUUCAGCUGUCAGGAACUGUUAGCGCUCAUGAAUAUGCAACUGUCGGACUGCCUAAUCUUUAAGCCCGACCCAAAAUGCAAUAAAUUGUUUAUUAAGUA